CUCUGCAACGAUGGUGGAUGAGGUGGAAAUCGACAAGGAAAUGACCUCGGAGCUUCCAGGAAAAAUCAAGGAAUUGUUGACGGAGUUUCAAGACAUUCUUCUUGACGAUCUUCUGAACGAGCUACCGCCAUACCGCACACAUCAACACGAGAUCGUGGAGGAACCGGGUUCGAAGCCGACCUUCCGAGCACCAUAUCGGCUCAGCCCUACGGAGCUGACCGACAUGAAAAAACAGAUCGAGUAUCUCCUAGCCAAAGGACUCAUCCGACCAUCUACUUCGCCAUACGGUGCCCCAGUGCUCUUCACACCGAAACCGGACAGAAGCCUGCGCAUGUGCAUCGAUUACUGGGCUCUUAACAAGCAGACUAUCAAAAAUAAAUAUCCGAUACCGCGAAUCGAUGACCUGCUUGACCAGCUUCGGGGAGCUACGGUAUUUUCCAAAUUGGAUCUGCGGUCCGGAUACUGGCAAAUACGGAUGGCGAACAUCUCUAUCCAUAAAACUGCUAUCCAAACUCGGUAUGGAUCGUACGAGUAUCUGGUAAUGCCGUUCGGACUCACCAACGCACCGGCAAUAUUCCAAGCCGAAAUGAACCACAUUCUACGACCACUUUUGGACGAGUGCGUGGUGGUGUACCUGGACGACAUCCUCAUCUACUCGCGCAAAAUGAAGCAGCACGUCGAACACCUGCGACGCGUCUUCGAAAUUCUCCGACGAGAACGAUUCUACGUCAAAUUGUCCAAGAGCGAAUUCUCCCUCGAGAAAGUCCAAUUCCUAGGACACAUGGUGAGCGCUCAAGGAGUUCACGUCGAUCCCCAAGAAGAUCGAAGCCGUACGUGCGUGGAAGACACCCGAGAACGUGAAGGAGUUGCAGCAGUUCCUAGGCUUCGCUAAUUACUACAACAGGUUCGUACCAC